UGCCCCGCGGCAGGCCGCGCAGGCGCAGUGAAUCAGUGCCGGUCAGUCCCUUGGGCUGAGGGGCAGUGGCUAGGCGAGCGGUGUCUGCAGGGGUCGCCGAGCUAACCCUUGGCUAGGAGAGUGGGGCGGGGCGGCCGGCACCAUGUCGAGGCAGGCGAACCGUGGCACCGAGAGCAAGAAAAUGAGCUCUGAGCUCUUCACCCUGACCUAUGGUGCUCUGGUCACCCAGCUAUGCAAGGACUAUGAAAAUGAUGAAGAUGUGAAUAAACAGCUGGACAAAAUGGGCUUUAACAUUGGAGUCCGGCUGAUUGAAGAUUUCUUGGCUCGGUCAAAUGUCGGGAGGUGCCAUGACUUUCGGGAAACUGCGGAUGUCAUUGCCAAGGUCAUUAUUCUGGGCCACCUGUCCAUGCUGAAGAAUUGCUGCUGGGAGGCACUGCUUACCACUCUUUCUAGCUCCCUUAGAGAGCCUUUAAUCUCCCAAAAGACUGGCUAGGCAGCUCUUUGGGUCAAAAAAGCAUUCCAGGUCAUUAAGGAAUAGCAUAGAUUAUUUAAUCCCCGUGGAUUAAAGCCCCACUGAAAUAAAAGCCUGAGCUUUUCCAUUGUGUAGGUGUAGCAGAGUAG